UAUCGUGCGUUUCAGAGAGUACGAAAUAACAUUGGUUUUAUUGCUGGGCAAAUCUGGCUUGGUCUAGACAACAAUAAAACAGCGUAUAUACUAUCACAAGUUAUCGGAUAUACAUGUGAUAUACAGUUGCCGCCAGGAAAGGAGAAGACUAUCUUAAACUUGUCCAAAUAUUAUUGUUUGUGAAAUCUUGCUUCUGACUCGACAGGUAGUAUCACAUAUUCAACCGGUUUAGUUUCAUUGAAGCGUACUGAUCAUAGUAUUCCUACCAACAUUUUGUAUCAAAGUCGUUUCCUGCUGAAAAGGUAACGGUUAAAAAAACCCAGGCCGGUUGGUUGGUUUUGUGUAAAACAAACUGUUGCAUGUGCUCCUUUGUGCACGCCUCCUCAAAAUAAUGAACAAGUCUUUGAUCGGAUGUUGGAUAUAGCAAGCCUUUGCUUCAAAGUGAUUUGUUUAUUGGAUUUGGGCUUCUCAAAACUGAUGUUGUUAUUUUUGUUGGACCUGAAUGACAUCGGGUUCAUCAUAGAUCUGAUAACCUUGGAUCAGCUUGUCCUCUCUGUAGGCAUAUAGGAGGAUCUACCCGAUGAUUCUCAGUACGUAACAGCAGUAAAAAGGAGAGGGACAUCUCAGUUACAGCAAAAACAUAUAGUUUGUGACGUAUGUUGGAUUGCUAUCUUUCUAAUCAUUAUGGAGGAUCUUGAUUCACAUCUAGACCACAGUAUGUCACCAUCAGAUGAUCCUGACCAUACUGCCAUUAGUACGGCCUUGCUCAAUACCCUCGCAUCAACCCGGGUCUAUCUCAGUGCUGCCGGAGUCUUUAUCGCUCUCUUCGGGAUGGGCUGCGUCAUAUCCAUCAAAGAUUUCUCUGAGCGGGAGAACCACCUCGGAAAGAGCGUAAUCAUCGGCCUCGCCUUCCAGUCUUUCAUCCAACCCGCCAUCGGUUACGCUCUCGCUCUCCUACUCGACAUGGAAGAGAACGAGGCGUUGACCAUGAUCAUGCUCGCCAUCUCGCCUGUGUCGCCGCUGUGUGCUGUCCUAGUUUAUUACGGCGACGGCGUCGUCAUUGUCGGGCUGUGCUUAGCCAUGUUAUCUACCGCCCUCUCCGUCGGUCUCAUUCCAUUUUGGUUCUCUCUCUACUCGACUACCUGGUCCCACGAGUAUUUCGUCAUUGCUCCACCAAUCAACAUAGUACUGACAGAGAUGUUAAUAUUCUUCCCUACGCUACUAGGGGUGAUGUACCAGAGGAGGUUCGGGAAACUCAAGGGGAAAUUGAUGGCCAAGAUAUGCAGUUUCGGCUUCUGGAUAGCUUCCAUAGUUAGUCCAAUCGUGAACGCCGGUGUCAACCUCGACUUCUAUGUCGUUCCGUGGCAGAUUUGGGUCGGCGCCGUUUGUCUUCCGGUCAUCGGUUUCGUGUGCGGCCUGGUCUUCGCUCUCUUCGCAAGCCUCCCUUUCGACGUCUGCAGCGCUAUCUCCCUCGCCGUCGGCGUCCCGAACGUCUACAUCAUGAGUCAGAUCUCCGAGCGGUACCUGUCGGCGGAUCCGGAGACCUUGCACGACGUGCACGGUAUCAUCAACAUCUUCAGCUUUAUCAUGCCAAUAGAGGGUUUCAUCUGGGCAAUAUUGUAUCGUGCCAUCGAGGAAUUUUUCGUGAAGUUGACACCAACCUGUUGCUCCGGCGGUGAUGAUGAUGCAGAUGACAGUGAUACGAAAAGAUUGUUGGUCAGCAUGGACAGUGGUACGGAGAGCGCAGAGAGUGCAGGGAGUGCUACUUGAAUGACCAGCGGCCGUCAAAUGCCCGGGGGAGGGGGUGGGGGGGCAAUCAAAUGUAAUGUACUGCUGUAUGCGUGACUAACUUCUUUCCAAACACCCCCUAAACAAGUUUUUCGCGGGCUUCAAAUUUAUACAUUUUGACCCCGGAACAAGUUGUCGCCAUAGAUUCUAGCUGUCCGCAGCAGUGCGCGUAUAUCGACGUGAAAAAAUUCACGAUCUGCAGUUUUCCCGUUUCCCAGGCCCGUACGUUCCAAGGGUCGACCCGAACACUUUCAGAAACGAAGAGGAAAAGCUUGGGGCUAUAUCCUAAACAAGUUUGAUAAGUUUUAUAAAGAAAAAAAAAGCUUUGGAAAAAAAUACCCUAAAGACGUUUGACCCCGCGAUUGACCAUUGACAAGUCUUUCAAAACCACUCUUUUUUGUUGAAAAUUUGUGUUUUUAAUACCCUAGAGUUCGCGCGCGGCCAGCGUCCAAAACUGGAAAAAAAAACACUUAUCGUGUUUUUGGUCACGCAUGUGUAAAGCAAUAUAUUUGACUGCCCCCUACCCCCCCCGCGGGGGGUCAGAGGUCGUAUAAGGCCUGGUGCUAAAUAGGGCGGGGUUAGCGUGUGUGUGUUCAGUCCGCGAUUUUCAAUUCUUGCGCGGUUGGUUGGCAUAAAAAGUAAUCUUGUUCACACGAGGAGCCUUAAGCAUGACGUUAUCUAUAAACUUUUUCCGCCAUGUGCAUCGGUUCACACAAUGAUUUGACUUCGACGUGAGUAUAUCGACGCGCGUAUAUACCGGAAGCUUUUAUAGAAGAGGCCAACAUCAUGGACCUACCAUAGGUCCAUGUCAACAUCAAACUACACGACCGUAUCGUGGUUUAAGUGUUUGUCCAAACGACUCGUAGUUUAGCAACUCGGAAGCGUGCUUACUCACGAGAGAAGCACGAGAAAACUUAUAGUUAUCUCUUGGUUUCGAAACUUAAAUUUAGUGAUCACAAUAUUCAAAUGCUCAUAACUUUCUCAUUAUUUAAUUGUCCGAUUUUUCUCAAACUUUAGUUUAUCUGUUUCUUUGAUUUUUCUGUUUUCCAACAUGAUAUCUAGCUCCUUUUAAACAACUAUUGGAAACAAUUAAAACGAUACUCUUGGCAAGUAUUCCCUGAAUUGACCCCCUAAACAAGUACAACGAUAUUUUCAUUGUCACUCGUCGCCGGUUUUACUUUUACCUGAUCAUGGUUAGUACAGCCCCACCUCC